CACUUCGAUUUACCCCUCAGAUUUGAAAGCCGCUGCCCUACAGAGGCUGGUAACACGCCGCUCCCGUACAGCCCAGCCAAAAAGCGCCUCCCCAGCGCGUGUGCGUGCCGGGGCAGCGAGCCCUGCAGCGCAAGCAGGAGCCAGGCGCUGCCGGGGGAGCGAGUUACCAAAGGAACAACUUUGAAGAGGCAGACCAGACUGAAAGUGGAUACAGGCACACAGAUGGCAGAUAACAGUAAAGCAGAAGAUACUGCUUCGGAUUCUGUGGACGCUGCUAAAAAUGCAAGUGACAAAAAAGAAAAGCUGGCAGACCAAGUGAUGCAAAAUCCACAAGUUCUGGCAGCUCUACAGGAACGACUUGACAACACAGCGCUUACCCCUUCAAGUUACAUUGAAACUUUACCAAAAGCAGUGAAAAGAAGAAUUGAUGCCUUGAAACAACUCCAGGUGAAAUGUGCCCAUAUAGAAGCUAAAUUCUAUGAAGAAGUACAUGAUUUAGAGAGAAAAUAUGCAGCACUCUAUCAACCUCUUUUUGAUAAGAGAAGAGAGUUUAUUAAUGGAGAAGCUGAACCCACAGAUGCAGAGUCAGAGUGGCACAGUGAAAAUGAGGAAGAAGAAAAACUAGCUGGAGAUCUGAAAAAUGCAGUGGUAAUAGAAGAGAAAGCAGAAGCAGAAGAGACAAAUGUCAAAGGAAUUCCAGACUUCUGGUUUACUAUCUUUAGAAAUGUAGAUAUGCUAAGUGAAUUAGUACAAGAAUAUGAUGAACCAAUCUUAAAACAUCUGCAGGAUAUUAAAGUUAAGUUCUCUGAACCUGGACAGCCUAUGUCUUUCUCAUUAGAGUUCCACUUUGGACCCAAUGACUACUUUUCUAAUACAGUCCUGACAAAAACCUACAAGAUGAAGUCAGAGCCAGACAAGACGGAUCCCUUUUCAUUUGAAGGACCCGAAAUAGUUGAUUGUGAGGGGUGUACUAUUGACUGGAAGAAAGGAAAAAAUGUUACGGUUAAAACAAUCAAGAAAAAACAGAAACACAAGGGUCGAGGCACAGUUCGGACGAUUACUAAACAAGUACCUAACGAUUCUUUUUUUAACUUCUUCAACCCAAUAAAGGUAUCUGGUGAUGGAGAGUCAUUGGAUGAAGAUUCUGAGUUUACUUUAGCAGCAGAUUUUGAAAUUGGUCACUUCUUCCGUGAAAGGAUAGUCCCUCGUGCUGUGCUUUAUUUCACUGGGGAGGCUAUAGAGGAUGAUGAUAAUUUUGAAGAAGGUGAAGAAGGUGAAGAGGAGGAGUUGGAGGGGGAAGAGGAGGGAGAAGAGGAGGAAGAUGCAGAGAGUGAUGCUAAGAAAGAUUCCAGCCAACCUGCUGAAUGCAAACAACAGUAAUAAGGAAAUACCACUUCAAAGUGAUAUUUGAACAACUUGUAACAAAUAUUUGGAUACCUGGCCUGCAGUUCAGGAUACUUCAUCGCUGCAGCACAAUCUUAUUAACAAUGCUUAAAAUUAAUUUGUUUUAAGAUGCAUGAUUUUCACUAACUUUUCUUUUAUUGCUUAACAUGUACAGUGGCAACUUCAAUGCAUUUGGGAAAUAAGAGGUUUAAAUAAAGCACACUCUACAGCCGUUGGUACACUGUAGCUAAGUAUGUCAGUAGGCCUUUAGAGCCUUUUGCCCUAUGUAUAGGGGAAUAGUCCAGACUACCAAGCAAAGAUUAUCCAUUUUCUUGUUAAAACCUUGAAAAUUGUGGAAUAGCAAUGUGCUGAGAAGCUAAAGUAAAUGGAUUACAUGUAUGGUAGCUGAAACGGAUAGAGCAAUAUGAACUCUUUGCUAGUUCCCUCCCCCCCUUUUUUUAAUGUUUCUUGCAACCUACAAAUUGAACUAGUGCUUGAGCAGCUUUAAAUGUCAUAUUUAUUAUCUCAGUAAAACCAAUUGAAGUAAUUUUACUUCAUUGAAGGGGGUGUCAUAUUUGAGACUUAGUUGUUCAUCUUACUAUUUAUUUAUUCAUGUUUGUAAGUACUUUGACAGAAUUAGUGCUUUUUAAUAGUUUUUAAUAUACUUGAAAAUAUUCUUCCUGUUUUGCAUAAAAUAUGGGUACUUGUACAACAAAUGAUUUGAAUUGGUCUCAAUGUAGUAGUCUAGACAGAAGAAACGAACUCUUAUCAAAAUGACAACUCUUCUGGAUGAAGAUCAAAAUGUAAAGGCCAAACUUGCUGUCAAUGGAAGUGGGUUGCAGCCAAAGAACCAGAAAAUUUCCAGUAGUCUUAUUGCUUAGUGUCCAGCAUGGAAGGACCUUUCACUAUGAACACGGAAGUUUAACAAAAUUCAGUUCAAUAAAUCUGAAGUUUUGGUGUCUUACUUGCAACACUGAAAUUAUUCCAUUCCACAAUUUGUUUUCUUAAAGCUCUGAAGUCUUCAAAACUACCUUUUGUUGUUGUGCGGCACGUCAGGUACAUGUUUCUAGUUUCAGCAUCCAUUGCCAACCUCUGGCAGCAGUUGAAUAGCAGCUGUAUCAACACUGUGACCAGGCAUGUAGAGUGCUCCAGCCUUACCUUACACAUUUGUAACUUAAUACAGUGUUUUCAAUUUGUACAGAAUAGAUAGAAUAUUCUAUUAAAGUUGUGAAACAUGAA